GGUGUUUUUUGUUUUUUUUUCGGGGGGACACACGAUUUUGCUUUCGUGUUUGAGAAACGUUUUUUAAAAAAAAAAUUUUUUUUUUUUUGCCACCAUGAAAGUCGGAGCCGUGAUCACAUUCGUUGGUGUUUUGAGUUUAUUUUGCGCUCUGGGCUUCACCUCGGAUUCGCUUCCCAGGAUAACCAUCUCCUACAGUGAGCUGGAGAAGUCCCCAUCCGUCAGUCGCUUCUCUGAGAAGGUCUUCAUGAACUACAGCAUUUUCCUGGUGGACAGCUCGCGGCAACGACUCUAUGUGGGAGCCAAAAACGCCAUCUUUUCCCUCAGCUUGACCUCAGUUACACGGAAUUUCUUAAAGAUAGAGUGGAUCGUGUCGAACGAUAAACACAUGUCUUGUACUAGCAAAGGCAAGAGAGAGAUCGAUUGUCAGAACUACAUCCGUAUCUUGGAGUUCUGGAACAGCACUCACCUCUUUGUCUGUGGGACCUAUGCCUUUGACCCGCAAUGCACGUACAUCAGACUCUUGGAUUUUGCGAUGGGGUCGGUGCACAGAGAGUUCCAGAUGGAGAGUGGGCGAUGGAAGUGUCCAUUUGAACCAGGGCAGUCGGUCACAGCAACACUGGCAGAUGGGGUGCUGUAUGCAGCCACUGUGAACAACUUCCUGGGCACUGAGUCCAUCAUCUCCAGGACGAUGGGCCCCACGGAGAAGAGGGUUCGCACAGUCCCCUCUGUAGAAUGGCUGAAUGAUCCUACAUUUGUGGCAUCAGCGUUUAUCAGAGAGAGUGAGAGCAGCAACGACGAUGACAAGCUGUAUUUCUUCUUCACGGAGACAGCCAGAGAUUUUGACUUCUACCUGCCAGUGCGGGUGCCACGUGUGGCUCGCGUUUGCAAGGGCGACCUUGGGGGGCUGAAGACGCUGCAGAAGAAAUGGACCACAUUCCUUAAAGCUCACUUGUACUGCUCACACGGGGAUAAGAUGGUUUUUGACGAGGUUCAGGACGUCUACACCCUGCAGGCUACUACAGGCGACGACACUUCCAUAACCUUCUACGGAGUCUUCUCUGCCAGAUGGGACGACCGCAGUGUGUCCGCAGUGUGUGCCUAUACCACCCAGUCCAUCCACAGAGUCCUCCAGGGCAAGUUUAAGGAUUAUAACAGGGCCUCCUGCAAAUGGACCGCCUUCUCAGGGAAGAUUCCUGAACCGAGGCCUGGCUCAUGCAUCAGCAAGGAGCUCAGUAAGAAUGGGUUUUCAUCCAUGAACCUGUCGGACGCAGUGCUGACCUUCAUUCGAGACCACCCGCUGAUGGAGCAGAAGGUGAAGCCAAUUGGAAACCGGGCUCUCCUUGUGAUGAGAGACACCCUCUACUCCAAGAUCGUAGUUCGCAGAGUCAAUACCACCAAUGGCAGGAGCACUGACGUCUUUUACCUAGGCACAGGCUCUGGACACCUGCACAAGGCUGUGAGCGACGGUGCCCAGGCCCACGUGAUAGAGGACAACGUCGUCUUCAGUGACGGUCAGAAGGUCCUGAGCAUCGCUCUGGAAAAGGAUUUUGUGUACGUGGGUGCCUCAAGUGGGGUGGUUCAGCUCCCUGCUGCCACCUGCGGCAGGUACUCCAGCUGUCAGGCAUGUGUCCUGGCCCGCGACCCAACCUGCGGAUGGAACGAGGGACAAGGCGAGUGUAUGGAAUCUGGGAAGCGCCCGACUGAGGGAGAGUUCCUGCAGUACGAUCCCGCUCAGAAAAUCUUGUGUCUGCAAUCUAAAGAUUCUCCGCAGACAAAAGUGCUCCACAUGGUGAAUGGUAGCACGGUCUUUCUACCUUGUGUACCUGUGUCCGCCUGGUCCCUGUGCCAGUGGACAACCCCACCUGGAUCCUUGAGCAACGAACUCAAGGGUCAUGGGCUUCAGGUUACUGUUACGAAGGACAGUCUGGGAGAGUACAAGUGCCGGUGUGUGGAGGGUGAGGUGGAGGUUCACUCCAUCUCCUACAGCUUAGAGCUGCCCGCUUCACAUGAUUCCCGUAUGAGCCACACCGGCCUCACCUACUUACUAAUGUUUGUCGUUCUUUGUGCUGGCUUCAUCCUCAGUCUCCUCUUCUGUUACUUCAAGAACAAAAUAGGGCUGAGAUUUAGGUCCAGGAGACAGGCAGAGAGAGAGAAGCCAUGCCAGGCCUCCUCAGAUGAGAUCCGUCCUCUGGCAGUUGGUGUGAGGAAUGGACCGGGUAUGAAUGGGACUGGGGAGAAGGAAGGAGCUUUCAGCCACAUGGGAACAGAAGCCAAUGGGAUGCCAACGCGGGGCACCAUCUCCAUCAUAUCGUGUCAGGACGAGACCUCAAUCUAACGCACGCCCGGAUGUUCUCCCCCUCCCCGCAGCGGACGCAUCUUGUAAUAUAUCUUUCAUUUAACUUGUUUCGUUCUCGGGCAAGAAUUCAGAUCCAGAUGAAGGUGAAGUCUUUUCACAUUGGCUUGUUAUUGCACCAGCAUUCUUGCUCUCUCACUCUAUCACAGGCCACAAUGUGCGAUUCUGGCAGCCGAUCAUCUGCAGUUCUGUAAAUCCCCCCGAUGCUCUUCCAGGAAUGGGAGCAUGUGUAGGGGGGAAAGGAGAGGGAGAAAAGACUCCCGCUUGCUUCUCAUGUGCUCAGUGAUUGACACCGUCUCUGUGAAGCGCUCUGAGACGUACUUGCAGCUUGUCAGUGCUGUGAUGUCUGAGCCUCUGGAGUACCACAGGGAGAUCAGAGUUCGUCCCCAGCGCUCUGUCCACUGUUCUUGUGUACUCUGCUGUCACAGCAAAUCUGAGCAUGCAACAAAACCACCAACCUCCAGUGUGAAUGGCAUUUCCAGAGAUGGACUGUGCUCUGCCUCGGACUUUGGUGGGCUCUAUGGGACAACCUCAGGAAAGUGGAGGAUUCUCAGUAGAAGGUUACAGGGCACCGGGACCCAGUGUUUGAAAAGCUGCGUCUCAUGUCUGCGAGAGGUCCUGGGUCAGUGGGCUUCAGGCGAUGUGUUUUACCCAACACCCCACCCCCACGGCAGCUGUAGUGAGCAGCAGAGGCUGCUGAUCUGGGAGGAGGGUCGCUCAGGCCCCGUCAUUAAAGACUGGGUCGUUCGAUCCUUUUGGUGACUAAAGGAAGCCCAGUGAUUGGAGCAGAGCAGAACAGUGCCAUCGCUCCGGUUCUCACAAAUGUUUGCAGCGCUCAUUCUUAAAGCUUCAGGGUUGACUGGACCUUCUGUGUUCUGUGGCCACGUGCAGCAUCACUCCUGAUUGUCCUCUACAAAGUUCAAUGCUGUUCAUUGUUGUUGCAUUUCCAGACCUUUAUUUCUGUACAGACCCAAUCCUCAGCCCAGACGAGUGUGUGUGUGUGUGUGCGCGUGUGCGCGUGCGUGUGUGUGUGUGGGUGUAUAGGUUGGGUGGGUGGAGUAUAGGAUUCAAACUUCACUGGAAAUAGGCUUGUUUUUGUUGUUUGUAUAUUUUAACUGUUGCCAAGAUUAACCUGGAAUAUCUGGUGGUACCAGGGAUCGGGAGAAAUGCCCUCCCCAGUUUUAUCAGUAUUAAAUGCAAAGCUUGUUGAGCCUUUGUUAUACCGGGGAUUGAGUGGUUAAUUGGGAUUUCCCUUGUCUCAGAAUGGGAAGCGAUGAGUUUGUGUUCAGGGUGUCCUGAGUGAUUAGGUGGGGGGAGGGUUAGUGGGGUGGGGGUGCGGGGAGAGAGGAAAACAAUGCUGUAUUGUUAACGUGUGUAACUUGACCUUAAGAG